UCAUGAGACGAGUCACUGACUCAGUGUCGGGACUUCUGGGAAGCUCAUGGGUGCCAGGUUUCUUGAGAGCAGAUGAGACAAGAGAGGAGCAGGAGAGCCACAAUAACCAUUUACCAGGACCUUCACACAAUUCCCGGCCUGGUUCAUCUCCACAGCAACCCAGCCCCACUAGGACCAAGCACCUUAUCUAUCCUGAAGAAGCAGGCAAUGAAGAACUUCAUGAGAACAGCACUGCCACAAACUUAUUGCCUGCUGUCACUAGCUCAGCAACUAACAACAAUCAUAGGUUGAGCCUACUUAGUGCCUCGGCUGCAAACUCUGUAGCUUCGUGCUCAGCCCCUGCUGAUCGCAAUGCUGAAGGUGACCAUGCUCUUGGCAGCCGCCUGUAUUUUGAAAGCUCUGUCAAGAACUGGAGACAGAACUCAAACAAUCGCAUGGGUUCCUCUCCACGGACUUGCCCUUCAAGCACCUCAAACAUGUCGCCUGUUGCUGGUCCAAGUAGCGCAAGAGAUGUGUUCAGCAGCAGUCGGCAGAUGACAGAAGAACAGCAAUGCAGUGUGGCUGAUAGCUUGCCUCAUGACAACUUGGCAGUGCAGGACCAGCUCACUCCGGCCUCCUCCUGCUCCAGUUCUGCGUCUCGUCUUACUAAUACUGGUGGGCGACUGGCAGAGCCGAGCGCGAGCGGCCGUCUGAGCGCUGCCAUGUCGGCCAGCAAGAGACCGCGCUUCUCUUUGGCUGCUUACAGCGCUGCUGCAUCGCCUCCUGGCAAUAAGUCAAUCCUGAGCGAUGGAAGCUUCCGAAGUUCUCCCUUCUACCCCGGGCGCACAACUUUUGGUGGUGCUGCUUCUUACAGGCGCACCCCAACGCCUCUCACACCCACCAGGACUUCUGUUGCAUCGCCUAGAGUAGUGAAUGACGGAGGUCUCUCUGAGGCUGCACAGAAAAUCUUGUCCUGUUUAAAUGCCAUGUCCACUCCGCUCACUGAUGCCAAGAGAAUGGCUACACCGGCCGCUUCUCCGUAUGCAUCUUACCUGACUUCCCCGUACACUGCUGCCUUCCACAAGCAUCGCCCUCACCAGCGAUGCCCCCCAACCUCUUCCCUUUCUACUCCACUCAAGGUUGGUGUACAAAGCAACUUGUCACAGUACAUCGUGGCGAGUCCUGCGUCAGGCACUACAAGCAGAGGUGCCAGCGGCGGCGGCGGCAGCAGCAGCAGAAUGCCAGAAGCGGUGCCAGUAAGUGCCUCAGACGACCACAGUGUGCUAAGCCCCAUAGCAGCGCUACAUCCCUCGUCAGAAGAGCCUUCAAUUUUUUCUGUAGCGGCUGCGUCUUCAGCCCCGCGAUCUCCGGCCAUGAAAGCCAAGAACGUCCCGGCUGUUUCUAUGGUGAACCCUACAAGCAACUGUUCUGGAGUCAACCCUCUGCUGCGACCCAGUGAACCCGCGACGUUCGGGUCUGCAUCAACACUAGGGCCUUCAACCUCGGUGGCGUUUUCUUUCGUUUCUUCUACCCCAAUGCCUUCAGCUUCUGCCGCUCCGUCGACGAGCAGUAGCAGCGAGAGCUCAUCUCUGACCAGAGUUGGCAGCAGUAUCACGUCUUGGCCUCAUAUGAACGAAGAACACCAGUCUUCUGUUUCUGUAAAUGCCAGCUACGGCGGCGGUAAAAUGAAGUCUACUUCUUACAAGCCCAGGCGCACUCGCCUUUCAGAGGAAGAGCUCAAGCUGGCGCCGCCUCAGUCACCCCCGGUUCUGCCUAACGCCACUCUGCCCAAAGUCAGUUUUUCAGUACCUAUCUCAUUAUCCAGCAUUUUUAAGCCACCUGUCGAAAGCAUCCAAGCUCCUCAGAGAAGCAUUGCCAGCCAAGCUCAGAGUUCUGCUACUCGAACUCCGCCUUCUUCGGCCCAAAGCCUUGCCUCCUCGAAUCUUCGAGGCUUUGAGUUCAGUGUACCAGAAGUGUUGCACGACUCCGACAGUAAACCUAAAGACAACAGCAAAGAUCUAACUGCUGAUGAAUCUACCAGUAAAUUUAAUGAAGACAGUACAAGUUUACUAUUUAAUUUUAGUGCACCGUUUCCUGUUGCCACGGAUCAGAUUUCUAAAGAUAAUUUCAUAGUACCUAAAUCGUCAUUAGUUCCAAAGCUCAAAACAUUGAGCCCUGUUAAAUUUAGUGCGCCCGAAGUGGCAAGAGAACUUGUGUCUAAGAGCGGUGGUUUGGUAGAGUUUCUUAGUAAAUCGAGUGGCAAAAGCCCCGAGUCUUCUAUUACUAGUAAAGACGCAUUUUCGGCCACUGGCAAAGAAGAUGGCUCUUCCAGCGAGCUCAGAAAUUCUUCGAAUUUGCUUACAGGUUUUGGUGAGCGUUUUAAAGCUGCUACCGGUUCGUGGGAGUGUGACUCGUGUCUUUUGCGCAACGAGUCAAGUUCCAAUAAAUGCAUUGCGUGCGAGAGUGCUAAACCCGGCAGCAAAAUUAGUCAGGCUUCCUCGGCCAGUUCCAUUCCUUCAACCAAGUUGAGUGUAUCAACAGCAUCUGAUUUUGGAAAUGCUUUCAAAAAGGCUGCGUCUGAUUGGGAGUGUAAUACUUGCUUAGUAGUGAAUAAAGAAAAUGUCUCUCAGUGUGUUGCUUGCCAGUCUGCUAAACCUGAAUGUUCUAAUGCCGCUACUUCAGGAAGUUCUUCAAUGGCGUUUGGUAGCGCAUCCUCAUCUACUACUUCAGUAGGGUUUUCGUUUGGGGUACCACCAGCGUCUACCACGUCAUCUUCAUUGAAUCCCACCUUUAGUUUUGGAUCGAAGCUUUCUUCUGCAUCCGCCGUUUCAUCGCCAUCUACUAAUUUUAACUUCGGGAUCGCACCGUCGUCAAGUUCAGCUGUUUCUUCAUCUUCAUUUAGUUUUGGAAUCACGCCCUCAUCUUCAGUUUCUUCGUCUUCUACAUCUACAACUGUGAUGUCUUCAAACACCUCCAUAAGCUCGUUUACUUUUGGUUCUACGUCCACACAAUCUAUACCUACGACAUCCACCAGUGUGGCUGAACAGGCCACCUCAUCCACUAAAAAAACAACUGUCUCGGCUCCAUUAACUAAUACAUGGGGUUCAAAGAGAGCGCCCGGCGACUGGGAUUGCAUGACGUGCUUGUUGCAGAAUGCAAGCUCUGCCGAUUGCUGUGUGGCGUGCAAGGCUGUUAAACCUGGUCAGUCGUCUUCAUCUGCUUUGUCCAGCAGCAGCCCUCCAGCUUCUGUUGCAUCUUUGCCUUCCUUGCCGGUCUCCGGAUUUGGAAAUAAAUUCAAAAAAAGUGCUGGUGAUUGGGAAUGUAACGCAUGCUUGGUUAAAAAUGAAUCAACUUCUGGGCAGUGCAUUGCAUGUAGUGCCCCCAAACCUAACAGUACUGGUCUGGUAAAGUCAUCUUUAGGUGGAACCUACAAGUUUGGUGCUGGCAAAACACAGUCUGACUCUUCAGGGUUUCAAUUUGGUGUCAAAUUAUCUGAGGCAUCGAUGAUGUCCAGUACAGAAUCUACGAAGCCUAACGUAACACCAAGCUUCUCUUUCGGUACAUCAUCGAGUGUUUUCGGUGGUAGCUCAACAGGCACAUUUGGAGGAAAUACUCCAGUGAACACUAGCAGUCCCUUCUCCAGCGCCAGCACUUCCACAGCACCAGAAACUCCUAAGCCUGUAUUUUCUUUUGGCACGAGCGGUGCCAGCAACGGCAGCGUUGACGGACCUCCUGCCAUGCUCAAGUUCCUUUCUUCACCUAAUGAAAAUAACACACUGAAAACUAAGCCUUUCCAAAAUUCUUUUUCUAGCCCCAUUACUGAGAACAAACCCUCCAAUACCUUUAAUUUUAGUAAAGCGGCUGAUAAUGCAGAAAUACCUACUAAAAGUGACAGCAAUUUAUUCUCGUUUGGUGCGCCUGCUAAUAAAAGUCAUAGCUUUGGUGGUACUUCAAUUAUGCCCUCUAAAGAGCUCAAAUUUGAAGGCUCACAAUCAGACCCAAAUGGAAGAGGAGCGAUGCACCUCAACUCUACUUCUCCUGGUCUUAUUAGUGGUGAACAAAUAAAUUCGAACAACAAGAGGGCUUUGAAUUCUGAUGAUGCAGAGCCUCCAAACAAGGUGUCUAACGUAGCUUUCAGCAAAAACAAUGGCUUUGCUGACUCAUCACCGAUGUUCACUUUUGGCAAGCCUCCAAGUGCCACGCCCAAUAUUCAGUUUGAAACCAAAAGCAUUCCGACGUUCGGGAACGCCACCACAUGUUUCGGGGGCAGCGCCCCGACAGGAGGAUUAUUUUCCAGUGUAAAUAAUAAUAACAACAAUGUUGCUGACGGCCUUAAAUCUGCUUCUGGCGGUGAUUCGGUCUUUGCCUUUGGGCAACCCCCUGAGAAAAAAGCCAGCACUGGCUUCAACUUUGGCCAGGCCACCACUCCAGCUCCUACUUUCAACUUCGCCGCGACUCCACCUACCUUCCAAUUUGGCCAGGACGCUAGCGCCAAACCUGCGGUCGGUACGCCUGUCAACAAUGGCGUCUUCCAGUUCGGCUCCAGCGCUGCUAGUGUCACUCCGAGCUUUGGUAUGAGCUCGUCAAACCCCUUCAGCCAGCAGCCUCCUCCUGGACGAUCUUUCAAGAAGGCCAUCAGGAGGACCAAGAAGCCAUGAGUGGUUUUCGAUAAUAAAGAAACUACAGAAACGUUUCCAUAGAAGUAUAUAAAUCCUGGCAAAGCACUCAGAGUAAUUAUUUAGUUGUUGUCUAAACUUCAACAGCUUUGCUGCAAUCUUUGGUGGCCUUUUGUCUUUCAUGUCGAUCGUAUGAGCGGUGUUAGAGGUACUGAGAACAUCAAAUGAUUUUUUAAGAACCUAUCAAUCGAGUUCGGGCCUGACGUUGUAUUUUGUUGAGCAUUUUGGCUCAGGACAUUCUUAGGCCACAAUAAUACAUGCGAUUCUUCUUUCUCUAAUGCGACAAUCUCAGAAAGCUGUCAACGUACUGCUGCUGACCGAGCACAGUUCAUUAUACGACAUACAUUUCGUAGACACACUACACUGAUCUGAAUAGUAGUGUGUCUACGACUACACUGAUCUGAAUAGACUACACUGAUCUGAAGCGCUAGAAACCUCUCCCUACUACUUAUACCUUAACUCGUUCAAAUGUCUCCCUAUUUUCAGGAUGCUAGCGACAUAUAAGACAUCAUUUAUUCACUUGUUCCAAUCUGUUCCGUGUCUAUUCAUAAAACUUGUAGCUACAUCACUCCACUCGCCUCAAAUAUAAUUCCGUUUUAUCCGUGGUAUGCAUGAAAUUUGUCUUGUGUUACUUUUUUUUCGGUAUAGUGCUUUUUUCCCCCCGCUCGUGACUCUCAAAUUACUGAUCUCUUCGGAAAAUCUGUUUCGUCUAUUUGCCAGGGCUUUACUAAAAUGACACUUAAAACGACUCGCUUAGGUUCUGUACUGAUAACUAUUUAUUUGAUUAAAUUGGCGGCAAUAGUUUUGAAGAGAUAUGAAUUAAAAAUUGCA